AUGUCAAGAAGAAGAGACCGUUCAGGUAUCAACGAUAAAGGAAAAGAUCACAAGGAAGAAGAAAAAAAUGACAAGAAAGGUGAUUCAGGAAAUGAAAAUUCAUCUGAAACUAUCAAAGCUCGUAGUGACAAGGAGGUUCUUGGCAAGAAGAUUUGUACUGGUGAAGAAGAACAAAAGGGUGCUUCUUUUUCGACAAGUGAAGGAUACGCUGAACGUCCUGGUUUUUCAUUGCCAUUUAAGAAGCGAUUCUCUGGUCAUCUAAAAUCACUUGAAGAUGAUAAUGAUGAUGAUGAGAACUGCAAUGAUGUUGUUCCAGAAUCAGACCCACCCAUCCACUCAUCAGAAGUUGUUGCGGAGGAUGGCAAAGAGUCAGUUCCAACAUGGUCACGUAGAAAGAAGAGGACUGAGAGAUAUCUUGUAGCUUCUCCUACUAACUCAGACAAACCUAGCAAUCGAGGUCUCAAUGAUAAAGGAAAAGGCGUUGGUAAAGAAGAAGAAAAAGGAGAACAAGAUGAUUCAGAAAAAGCAACUAUGAAAGGUAGUAGUGACGAGGAGCUACUCUCUGAUCAUCUAAAAUCAAUUGAAGAUGAUAGUGAUGAUGAUGAUGAGAACUGCAAUGAUGUUGUUCCAGAAUCAGACCAACCCAGCCACUCAUCAGAAGUUGUUGCGGAGGAUGGCAAAGAGUCAGUUCCAACAUGGUCACGUAGAAAGAAGAGGACUGAGAGAUAUCUUGUAGCUUCUCCUACUAACUCAGACAAACCUAGCAAUCGAGGUCUCAAUGAUAAAGGAAAAGGCGUUGGUAAAGAAGAAGAAAAAGGAGAACAAGAUGAUUCAGAAAAAGCAACUAUGAAAGGUAGUAGUGACGAGGAGCUACUCUCUGAUCAUCUAAAAUCAAUUGAAGAUGAUAGUGAUGAUGAUGAUGAGAACUGCAAUGAUGUUGUUCCAGAAUCAGACCAACCCAGCCACUCAUCAAAUGUUGUUGCGGAGGAUGUCAAAGAAUCAGUUCCAACAUGGUCACGUAGAAAGAAGAGGACUGAGAGAUAUGUCGUAGCUUCUCCUAAUAACUCACCCAAACCUAGCAAUCGAGGUCUCAAUGAUGUAGAAAAAGGAAAACAAGAUGAUUCAGAAAAUGCAACUAUGAAAGCUAGAAGUGACGAGGAGGUCUUUGAGAAGAAGAAUGGUGGUCGUGGUACAGACGAAGAAGAACAAAAGGGUGCUUCUUUUUCGACAAAUGAUUGUGAUGAUGAUGAUGAGAACUGCAAUGAUGUUGUUCCAGAAUCAGACCAACCCAGCCACUCAUCAGAUGUUGUUGCGGAGGAUGACAAAGAAUCAGUUUCAACAUGGUCACAUAGAAAGAAGAGGACUGAGAGAUAUGUUGUAGCUUCUCCUACUAACUCAGCCAAACCUAGCAAGGCAAAGGGAUCAAGGUUUCUUUUUGGGAAGGCAUUGACACUUAGUGAUGUCAAAGGCCGUUCCCCCAAGCUAACCAUUCCGAGAAAAGAUGCAGUCCAUUUUCCUGCUCUAGAGACUCGAGAAAAAAAUUCUGAUCAGGCGAUUCUACAAACUGUUGAUGAUGAAAACGAGUCGUUGGAGAUGGAAUUAUCAAUCAGUAAUGACCAGGACUACAGGAUUACAAAAGGGUGGACAGAUUUUGUUAAGAAGCACAAUUUGCAGGUGAAAGAUAUGGUUAGAUUCUACAGACCUGCCCGCUGCAAAAAUAACAAGUUCCUCAUCAAAUGUGAAAGAGCAAAGCAGGAUUUGAAUGAUAAUAUUCAUAGUUAUAAUGAGCUCGAAAAAAAAUAG